AGUGUUUUGUAAUGGCUAUAUGGACCCGAGUGAGUCCGACAGCCUUACAUAAAACAGAAGAAGAAGAAGUGUUUUGUAAAAGUGAUAUUUCACCGCGAAAAAUCUAUUCUACUUGAAUUAUUUUCAAAGUAACUCAUCAAGAAAUGUCGAAUUUGGAUGAUGACGUGAUUCCACAGAGUCCAACAGUGUCCGGAAGGAGCCAUAGAAAGUCGCUGUCGAGAAAAUCCAAGAAAACAAAGGAGUUUGGGGAGCUGUUUGAAGUUGUCCAAGUCUACUACGAAACUCUUUCUCAGAGAGUGAGUACAGAAAAGGAAGAAGACAUUGAGCCAAUUGUUCAGUGUAGUCAAGUGCCAAAGACUUUACCGAUCUCCCGGACGACUUCUGACCCUUCUGACUAUCCGAAGCAAUUGGACUCGAUUAACAAACUAAAAUCAAUAUAUGGAUCAUCCCCAGAGAUAGACACUGAUCCACCGGGGCCUAUAAAUCCUUUCCCGGAUUUUUACAUUGUCCCUGAAGUGUAUAAACCUGUAGAGAAGAGAGAGAGUCUGGGAAUUAAUUUGCCAGACUUUGUUCCUCUCUCGCAGAUGCCAGUUGUCUCUGAGUCAGUCCAGGGCACCAUUGCAAGAGUACCUGAACCAAUUCCUGGCCCAAGUGGCCUCCAGAAUCCCCCAGUUGGAGGGACUCAAAAGUAUUUGGACGAAGAAGAUUCGAUCUUCCUUCAAAUCUCAACUGAAAUUUAUGAUCCUCGCAAGUUCAGCAGUCCGGAAAGGAAGAAGCUGAAAUUGGACGAGCCAGUUGUAAACUCUCCAGAUAUACUCCUGCCAGAAUCAGAAGAAUUUCUUCCAGACAACCCGGAAAAUGAAGCUGAAGUGGAUCUCAAUAAAACAGUGAUGCUUGACUUGGAGGAGGAAAAUUUGGGAGCAUCUCCAAUGAUUAAGGGCAAUAUCGAUGAGCUCAGUAAGUCCUUUGAUGAAAAUUCUCAGGAAUCCAGUCAGAAAUCCAUUUCGGAGGGAAGAAUAAAUUUCCCGCAGAAGCGGAAACAUUUUGUGGAUGUUCAAGUGGUGAAAAGGAGCUUCACGGGUCUAUCCCAGAAAGAAGCAGGACCUUCAAGAAAAUUGAAAUACGACGAAGACAAAUGUGGUUUUCCAAAGAGUCCGACGUGUUCAAAUAAAAAGACAACAGCUCCCAAAAGACUUUUUCGGGAAGCUUUUGAAGCCAAAAAUGAACCAGACAAAUCAAAUGUUCCUUUAGAAAAUCACCUUCCUGAAUUGCAUGUUGCAAAUCCUGAACCAUUUUGCGGUGGUUUCAUGAAGGCCAAUAUGAAGAAGGUUCAUAUCUCGGAAGAUACUCUCAAAAAAGCCCAGGCUGUAUUUGCUGAUAUUGGCGAUUUUGCUCCAAUUGGAGAUGCGCCUGGAUUUCAUACAAUUAAUUUUAGAGGGAAUAAUCCUCCCAGUGAGGUUCCUAAAGAACCUGAAGAUCUGCCCAAAGAGCCUUUGGGAAUACUCGAAAAUCGUCCUGUGAAUCUUCCUCUUGGCAAGCCUGAAUCAUUUUGUGGUGGUUUUCAGAUGGCCAAUAUGAAGAAAGUGACGAUUUCUGAGGAUGCUCUGAAGAGGGUUCAGAUGGUUUUUGCAGAUUUGGGUGAUUUUGCUCCAUUGGAUGAUGCUUCCGGAUUCCAUAAGAUUAAUAUGGGUGCAGAGAAAUCUGUGGAGAAGAUAGAGGUAUCCAAGGAAGAUGGAGAUACAGAGUUGGGAUUUUUGAGGAAUUUGGAUGAUGAGACAUUUGAUCAAAUGUUUGGUGAAAAUGCAAUGUUUACGCAGAAUCUGCUGAAUGCAAUUGAAAACCCUAAAAUUCCUGAGCCAAUUGAAGAGGUGAGCCUGGCUGAGGAUGUUAGAUUAGGGAGGGAAUCAGCAGGUAAGCUUCAGGAAGAAUUUGCAGUUGAAAAAGCCAAAAACUACGUGGAAAUUUUCAAAAGUGAUUUUAUUGAGAAGAAACUCACACAAAGUAGGCGAAAAUUGAGAGAUUUUGUUGCUAAAGGGUAUCCAGGAAAGUUUUCCAAGGAAGAACUGAUUGGAUUUGGUGUGAAAGGAGCAACAAUGUCGCUCAAUUGGAAGAAUUGCCUCGAGAUGGAAUUUGAUUUGUGUGAUUUUUUCGAGGAGAAUGAACUUGCAGUGAAUAUUGCUGGAUUUUCAUUAGAUCAUUUUACUGUGAUUCCCAGUUUGAGGAAUAGAUUGGGAUUCUAUGAAAUUUCCAGAGCUUUUAGAGCUUCCAGAGGAAUUAAUCCUCAUGCACUUCUUGAAGGAUGGUUAGAAAAUGCAUGGAGAUUUAUUGUAUUAAAAUUUGCCGCAAUGGAAUGUGCCUUUCCGGACCAUUUUGGUGGACAACUCCUGACACCCAAAAAUCUACUUCAUCAGCUUCACUAUCGAUAUUUCCGGGAGAUUGUUCUAGGACAAAAUUCAGCUCUCAAGAAGAUUAUGGAGCUUGAGGAAUCGCCUAAGAAGACACUCGUUCUCUUUGUCCUGGAUGUAAUGGAUGAGGAAAUAGUGCUCUUGAGCGAUGGAUGGUACAAAAUUCCGGGAAAAUUGGAUGCAGCUUUGGCAGAAAGGUUAAAACUGGGAAAAAUUUCCGUGGGAACAAAACUAAUAACACAAGGAUGCAAUCUUUUAAACUGUGAUAGGGAAUAUUCGCCCCUCAAAAUUCCUCCGAAUGUGAUGCUGGAAUUACACGGAAAUUCGACAAGGAGAUGUAGGUGGGACACAAAGUUGGGAUUUUUCGCUCGAUUGCGUCCAAAGUGCGUUUCUUUAGACAGUAUUUUGUACAAUGGUGGUCUUAUACCUCGGAUUGUUGUAUGUUUCAUUCGGGUAUAUCCUGCCAUAUACAUUGAGAGCUUCCGGGAAAGGAGAAAGAGGCCUAUUGUGCGCUCAGAGAGAGCUGAGAAGCGCUACUGCGACCGAAUGUCCAGUAAAUGUUUUGACAACUUUGAGAAUGUGUACAAUAAAGUGCAGGAGGAAUUUCUGCAGCAAAACAAUGAUCGGAAUAUAUCGAUUAGGAAUAUCACAAAUAUUUCCUGUAUCAGGGAUCCUGAGGAGCUCAAUUGUCUCCUUAAGUAUUCCUAUGAUCCUGAGAGUGUGGAGAAUGAGAUGACAGGUAGUCAGAAGGAGAUGGUGAGGCAGCACUUGGCAAAGAUGCAGGAGAAGAAAUAUCAAGAGAUUGCAGAGUGUGUGAGGAAGAGAUUGCGACAGCAGAAGUUGGAGAGGAGAGUGAAGAAGCUGCUCCAGAUUCGAGUGGUGGAUGCCAAGAGACCAGGAAAGAGUGUCAUGUUAAAUUUCUGGUUGCCAUCAGAAGAAUUUUCGUCCGUGCUGAAAGAAGGAGAUAUCUAUGAACUCACCAGCUGCACUGCCAGGGAAAUACGCAAUGGUGACAUUUUUGUUGAUGGUCCCCGAAUUGAAGAUGGAGAUCAAAAUGUUAGAAAACUGGACAGCAGUCUUUUCCCAAUGCCACCUCUUAAAUACAAUCGACGGAUAACGACAUUCAAUGAGUUGCCGACGAGAGAGAGGCCAGAGUUCAUUGAAUUUGACAUAAUUGGAGUUGUUGUUAAGAUUGAACAUAUGAAGGAGAACCGAAAGUUCGAACAAGUCUUUCUGGCAGACGCCCAGAAGAAUCUACUGAGAGUGUCCUUUUGGAAAGGUCUCUCUAACUUUGCCUACGAUGACAUCGUAACACUAAGGGCUGUUUUGUGCUUUGGGAAUCUUCAGUGGAGACCAUCCAAUUCACUGCCACAGUUGGCAGUUUCGGAAUUGACUGUAAUCACGGAGAAUCCAAAGAGUGAGGGACAUCAGAGGGCUCUGGAAGAACUUAGGCAAUCUCUGAGUGGAUGCAAUAUUGAGGAAUUCAUUGAGGAAUGUAUGGCAAAGUUGUGAUGCUGCAAAUAAAAUGAGUGUUAAGGUGCAUAAAAUCAGAGGAUUAUUUCCCUUCUGACAUCAGCUUCGAUUGAUCAGGGACUGAAAUGGAAUAAAAAAAUGUGAUUAAGGUCAAA